GCAGGAUACCCGGAACGUAAUCUUAAAGUCCUUGACGCCAUAUUUAGUGCACUUUGUAUUAAAAAUAGAGCAAUUUGAGACAUAACCCAAGUCAGUGCUACAUAAUCAGGCACGAAGAGGCGUUCAGUUACUAAAGUAACUUGCUCUUGAAAAAACAAAUGGAAAACAUGGAGCAGAAAUAUGAAGAAGAAAUUCAACUACUCCAACAAGAGAUAGAGACGUGUGAAGCCGAGCAGAAAGAGUGUUUACGAGCUAUUUCGAGACAACAUGGAGAAACAGUGCAAAAUAUCUUAAAGACGAUCUCCAUCCAAAAAGACAGAGAAGAUGGUGGGAUAAAUAAAGAGCUUUCGAAGCUCGUGUCUGAAAUCAGUGAAAUGGAGAAGGACCUCCAAAGGCAGACAGACAUCAGUGGGAUAUCUCUCUCAGAGUGUUGGGUCAAGACACUGGAGAAAAGCAGUACAAAAACUGUACAGCAGUACAGACUUGCGGGUCUCUGUUGGCUUCUUUCAUUCCAAGUUGAGUUUGCAGUGACUGAGAUUCAGGACGGUGACACCAUCCUGAAAAAAGUGACUGACCUCAACAUUAUAUCAGAUGGAGCAGAGUUUAAAGACCUGUGUGGCUUUCAGUCAAGAGUAGAGGAGUCAAAGUGCGUUUUCCUGUUCUUCAGAACCCUGAGGGCAUUUUCAGAGAGAUGUAAGCAAAGAACCUGUGCAUUCCAACACUUUAAGGAGAAAUACCCAGAUUUGGUUCAACUUCCUGAGGGCUGCAGAUCUGAGAUCAUGUUGAUCCAGAAUCCACAACUUCCUGGGUGUACAAUGAGCAUUUUCUGGAACAUUACCGUCAGUACAGAAGGAGUAGUCAAGCCGAAGAUUGACCUACUGAUGAAAAUACCUGAGCAGGCUCAAAAACUGGAUACGGAAAGCGUGGUGGAGUCGGCACCGGAACGCUUUCGGAGUCUCCUGGCGGUGUUGGGAGUGGAAGCUACAAUCGAAAGUUUAAUACAAUCCGUCUCUUUUUAAACAAAUCAGACAACACAAGAAACUGUUAAAGCAAAUGUAGGUUUGCUUUAGAAUUUUAUUCAGUAUAAACACCACCGUAUUGUCUAUUAAGAAAUGUAUUAAUGCUAUCUGUACACAAUCCGUCACCACAUGUACACGUGUGCACAUAGCGUAUGUAAAUAUACAUCAUUAGACAAUAGCUAGAAAAAUAAAUAAUUUAAAUAGAAAAAAUGUGACCGCAAAAUCCACUUUGUCUUUCGAAAUAGUGAAUAUUUUAGUCCUUACUUUAUCAGUAAUCACAGUGAUUGUGAUUUCUUGAGAGGAUUAAUAGUAACCUGGGUUUCAGUUUAGCAAGUACACAUCCUUUAGUUUCUUGUAGUGAGUCAGUCAACGUUUUGCUCCCUGCAAGUCAACCUUUAGAUUUUGCUCGACUUCAGAUUUGGCCUUCGCCGUACCCAAAGGCACUGCCAAUCAAAAGCUUUCACACUGUAAUUAACCCAUCUAAAUGGUCCAUCUGAAAUACUGUCAAAUUAACUCUGUUUAAUUAAGGAACACAGAUAUGUGAAUUAAAGUUACAGGCCAAAAUCUCUUCUACAUCUACAUGUACUUUUGCUGAUCGAUGUUUAUCUUCUACACUAAAGAUUUACAUCUUUAGAACAUCUGUGUCACUCAGUGAUUCAACUGUAAUAAAACAAACUCCAAGAGUUCAAACUUUU